AUCUCACCAACCUGGUCAAACGAAAAGUUCUAUGAUCUCUAGAUGCUGCCCGAGAAUACAACAACGUUAUAAGAAAGAAAGUCCCGAGUCAAUUGCUUGUUUUCCUUUACCACCUCACCUUCCAAAUAUAUAUUUAAUAUAAAUAAAUAAUGUGUCUUGUUCACCAACUCCCUUAGCUAUUACACUUCUCAAGCUAUUUCCAUAUAUAUAUAUAUAUGUAUCUCUCUCUUCUCACCAACUCUGAUCAUAUAUUCUUCCAUAAUAAUUGUAAUUUCAAUCUCACACACACAGUUCUCAAUUAAUUUGGUAAUUUAGUUGUUAAUUCUAUGGGAAGAUCUCCUUGCUGUGAGAAACAACACACCAACAAAGGUGCAUGGACCAAAGAAGAAGAUCAACGCCUUAUUAAUUACAUCCAAAUCCAUGGCGAUGGUUGUUGGAGAUCUCUCCCUAAAGCUGCUGGGUUGCUUCGGUGUGGUAAAAGUUGUCGACUACGAUGGAUCAAUUAUCUUCGUCCCGAUCUCAAGAGAGGAAACUUCACUGCUGAGGAAGACCAAAUUAUCAUCAAUCUCCAUACCCUACUUGGCAAUAAGUGGUCUUUAAUUGCCGCACGAUUACCUGGAAGGACGGAUAACGAGAUAAAAAACUACUGGAACACGCAUAUCAAACGAAAACUCUAUAGUCGAGGAAUCGAUCCUCAAACGCAUCGUCCAUUGGCCAAUAACAGUAGUAGCAGUACUGGCGACUUUGACCGGCGACGGGAAGAUUCAAACAGCAACAGCAGCAGCAACAGUUGUUUGACAACGGAGGUGGAAGAAAACCCACCAUCGAAUCUAAACCUAGAGCUCUCCAUCGGCCUUCAUCCCCACAACCAAAUUACCAAAAACACCAAUCCAAAAGGGGAUGAUCAUCAAGAGGCUCCCGUUUUAUUCAAAUUUUGUUCACCACAAACAGAAUUAGAAACUCAAAAUUUCUCCUCCACCCCUCAUAUGUUUAGAUAUUACACACCAUCCCCUUCUUAGUAUUUUAAUUUUCAUACAUAUAUAUACCAACAUUGUGAUCUCACUUUUUUGCA